GUUCGUUCACUCUCUGAUCUUCUCGCUGUCUCUCUCUUUAUUUAUUGAUCUGUCUGUACCCUGGAAGCAUCUUCUAAGAGUCUCGGCUGCAGCUAAUAGGUUUUAUGAGAGACUCUGUCAGACAAGAGCUUCUAGAGUUUAGCCUAGAUCAAAGAAACCAAAAAAGCAUGCCAAAUAUUAACGUUUCUUGUUUUGUUUUGUUUUUUUGUCACGCACUUUCCAGUUGAUGACAAUCACUUCGGGUUUCUUUGGUCGAGCCUUUUGUGCUCUGUAAUUACACAACUCUAUGCAGGAUAAAAUCUAAUGCAAGGACACCCUGUGUAAAGUUUGUGUAAAGUGGUCCAAUGAUGAAGAGAUCACUGGACGUCAAGAAACGAACAAUUGUUACGGAGAAAAAACAGAAGAUCAAGUCGCAACUGUUUGGAAAGAGACACUUAGAGAACCUACAUUUUACCUGAACUGAUAGACUUAAAAAAAUGGAGCUCGUCCCUAAAACCAAAUACACCCCCUUCAGGAGCGACUCGUUCAGCUCGACGGACGAAACGGCCUCCAAUCCUUCUCUGCCAUCCUCGGCUCCCCUCACCCCUCUUACUCCACCGGGCAUUCCUCCCUCUCUCUCCUUCUCAUCCCUGGCACCCAUUCUGCCCCCGACCUCCCCUCGCCAAGCCGAGAGCAGCCCUACCACCUUGUGCUCCUUCUUCCCCAGGAUGGGCUCCCUGCGCCUGGGCAUUUCGGCCACUCUGCUCCCAGGCCUGAAAGCCUCCACUAGGCUCCAGGAGACUCCCAGCACCACCUCCAGCACUACCUCGACUCCUCCUCACGCUCCUCCUCCUCCAUUACUUCCACUAACAGCUCCAUGUCCUCCUCCUCGUCCCCCACAGGAUAUGAACCGGCUGGGCGGCGCGUCUCGGAGGGCCCGCGUGGAAGGAGGCCAGCUCGGAGGCGACGAGUGGACGCGCCACGGCUCCUUCGUCAACAAGCCCACACGAGGAUGGCUGCACUUAGACAACGUGGUCAGCACCACCGGCGUCUCCUACACUGUCAGGUACAUGGGCUGUGUGGAGGUGCUGCAGUCAAUGAGAGCACUGGACUUCAACACCAGAACUCAGGUUACCAGAGAGGCCAUAUCAGUAGUGUGUGAGGCAGUACCAGGUGCCAAAGGAGCUCAGCGCAGGAGAAAGCCCACAUCUCGUUCUCUUUCCUCUAUCUUGGGGAAGAGUAAUCUCCGGUUCGCUGGAAUGACAAUCAACCUCACCGUCUCGACUAACAGCCUAAACCUCAUGGCAGCCGACUGCAAACAGACUAUCGCCAACCAUCACAUGCAGUCCAUCUCUUUUGCAUCAGGAGGAGAUCCAGAUACUGCGGAAUAUGUAGCCUACGUUGCCAAGGACCCAGUCAACCAGAGAGCAUGUCACAUCCUGGAGUGCUCCGAGGGUUUGGCGCAGGAGGUGAUUAGCACCAUCGGUCAAGCCUUUGAGCUGCGAUUCAAGCAGUAUCUGAAGAACCCACCUAAACUCGUCACCCCACCUGACAGGAUGACACCAUUCGAUGGUUCAGCGUGGGAGGAGGAGGAAGAUGACUUGGUUCCUCCCCCGGAGGUCCCUUAUUAUAAUAAUUUUCCUGGAAAACAGCCACCCCCAGGAGGACUGGUGGACAUGAGGACUCGUCCUGGACACAGCACAGGACCCACACUGCCCUAUGGACAGAAUGAUAUCCAUAAGCAACCUCUGCCUCCAUUACCAGUGGGAGCGAAGGAAGGCGGUUUGUUUGACGACCCCUCAUACGUCAAUGUAGAUAAACCCCGCCCCCCGGCGCCUGCAGCCAACGGCAAUGCUCACAAAGAUGCUUUCGACAUGAAGCCAUUCGACGAUGCCCUCGGAGUGUCUAGCACAGGGGCGCCCCCUCUGGGUGAACAGCUGCAGAGCGAGCCCUGGUUCCAUGGGCCCCUAAGUCGUAGACAGGCGGAGAGGCUUCUGAGUAAGGACGGAGAUUUUCUGGUGCGCGAGUCGGGCACCACACCAGGCCAGUACGUGCUCACGGGCCAGCAAGGCAGCCAGCCCAAACACCUGCUGCUGGUGGACCCAGAGGGAGUGGUUCGUACCAAAGACCACCGCUUCGAGAGCGUCAGUCACCUAAUCAGUUAUCACAUGGACAACCGGUUGCCGAUCGUCUCUGCAGGAAGUGAAGUGUGUCUUCAGCAACCAGUGGAGCGUAGAGCCUAAAUGUUACACUCCUACUCCUUCCUCUGGCUCAGUGUUUAACCUAAUCACUGCUUUCUUCUUGGCCUUUGUUUCAACUGGACAUCUUCAUUGAUCAGCUCAUUUGUGCAAAAGGGCUGGACAAAAGGAGCCCAGUGAGCUUUGUACUUAAUCGACCCAUUUAGAACCUGAAAGCAAUGUGAUUAUUGGUCUCAUCGACCAGAAGAUCAGACCCGUCACAGUAUGCUUUAAGGAAAAUAAAAAGCACACAUGAAACGGAAACACUGAGCCAAAAAGGAAACCCAACAAACUGAUGUGGUGGAUGAUGCUCUUUCCUGCAGAAAGAAAGACUGCGAUGCAGCUAUAGCAUGACAAAGGCCCAGGCAUUUCGGAGGGUAAAGCUGCUGAUUUUACUUUGCAUCCGCAUAGAACUCCAAAGACUGAGACUGCAUCCAUAAUCCAGAGACCUGAAAGGCUUAAGGUUUGGUUUUAUCAGAGAGCCAAUGGCUGCAGGUUUCACAGUUAGCCAGGGAUGAAUGCUAAUGCUGAGGAUGUCAAUCAUGAUAAAUGUAAUCUGAGCUCCUUCACCAUCCCCUGGUUGAGCAGCUUUAUUCUUGACAGAUUGUCCAGAGUUUGUGCUUGAGAUCUGGCCCAGUGUCUCUCUUGGGAUUAUCAGGAACACUCUGAAAGCUGACGAAUUUUGCUUCAAACCCACAUCUGGAUCGUUUAAAAAAACGCAAUCACCAUGGCUGUUAACGUGGCCAUGUUAUUGAUGUCAUGGAGUAAAUCAAGAAAGAGAUAUCAAAAUAAAAAAAAAUCAGAAGCAAUCAAAACAGCGACCUUCAUAAACCUUAAUUUGGGAAAUGAUGGGCCUUAGAGACAGUAAUAGAUUGUAGAUACAGAAAAUGGGAAAUCAAAUUCAGGUCUCUAUCUGGUCAUCGUAAACUGGAGUUCAUAUUCUUUUGUGAUACGGCAUCUUUUAAAGCACCUGGUAUUAUCUUUUAUUCCUGUUGUAUGAAUGAAAUGUGUUUCUUACUGUAUAUUUGACUUUUUGGUUUGUUUUUCUUUCUUCGUUAGCAAUGACAAUCUAUGUGUUUGAGUCAGGACUGCUUUUUCAAUGUAAGAUUUAAAUAAAAAUGACAAAAGACAUAAGGGUGAAAAUUCAUAUGGGUCAAUGACAUGUCCAAUUGUGUUAUUUCUCUCUAAAAUAAUUCAGUCAUGCAUUAUACAUCAUACAUUAACUCAUUUAUCCAAACACAUUUUUCAAGAAUAAUAAAAUCUCAGGCAUUUGCUUUUUGAAAUUUUCAAAGAUCUGUCAGGUUGUGUGACCUCUCCAUGUAUAUUUGCUGAUAUAAAUGGUAAAGAGUUCAUACAACAUUUUACAUAACAUACACAGGCAUGAAUUUAUGUCUAGAACAAGCUGCAAAUUAAUAUUUCUUUAACAUAUAUUCAAACUCAUGAAAUGGAAAAGAGUAGUGUUUAGGGAAUAGGAAAAAAACUGAAGUACCAAGAGGAACCCAAUAAAUUCAGAUCCUGUUUGGUGUUUGCUUUUCAGGUUGACAAUUUUGUUUAAUUGCAGCUGCCUGUGCACCCAAGUUUGUAAUGCAAUGAAGUAGAUUUGUUGUGACUCUCAGCUAGACAAUAGAACCUCCCUACACACUUAUUGCCACCCACCCAUAGCAUGUAUCUUUUUAAAUCUUAAAAUAGGGUGAUGAUUUGCAGGAAAAAAAUGCUGGGUUUCUACAUUAAAACAAAGUUUUUACAUAAUUUCUGUAAGGACUCCGAGUGCUCCUCACACGGGGCACCAAAAUGUAUUAGUUGGUUCUAUUAUGAGGAAACCAAACUUUUUAUUUACAAAUCCAGCCAUUAAAAACAUAUUUUCUAUUUUAAUUUGUGCCACUGAGACUACUCAUAGAUUACAGCCCCUGCAUAUUUGUCAUCCUUGUAAAAAAAAGAGUAUGAUUGGCGCUCAGGUGGUGCAGCGGUAAAACACACUAGCACACCAGAACUGACAUUUCGAACUCGCCGGUUUGAAACUCUCAAUUGGCUGUCGUACAUACAGAGUGGGAGUCGGAGCCAGGACCUCAUAACUGAUGCAGUUAAAACCUCUGCAGGCUGGUUGAUGGUGCCUGUACCUUGUCGAGGAUUAAUGCGUUGAUCAGGGUGUGUCUCUCCGUACACAAACCUGAUUCGUAUAUGAACUCGUCUCGUGCAGGUGAAAAGAUGCAGUCGGGUACUGCUCAGGGUGUGUGUCAGUCUCACUUUCCUCAAAACUAGAUAGAUUGGGAGGGAAAAAUGCAAAAAAUACAAAAUUGUUCAAGCGCAUUCAAACAUAUCAAUACAUCAAUUAUUGUAAACAUGUCGUUGACCCAUAUGCUCAAAUGCUUAAAAAAAAAUCACCCUGCUGAGUAUAAUGCACAAGAAUAGCAUAGCAUAAAGAGUCUAUAAAAUGUGUAGUGCUUUUGCAAAGCUGUCUAGGAAAAAAAAGCCAGUUGUUUUUACUUUCACACUUUCCUGUUCCUGUAUAAGUCGUGCCUUUCACUCAACACAGCCACAUUACUAGAAUGCAGUAAGUAUAUAUAUAAAUGGACACUUUUAUUAGAGUUUGGAUUUCAUAAAGAAAUGACAGUACACGUCAUAGUCAGCGGUGAGGCUACCAUGAUGGCAAUCUAGACCUUUUUCAUAAGCCUGCUGGUAAAUAGUACUCUGUUUUAGUGCUAAGCUGUGACAAACAUGGUGUUUUCCCUUUCAGAUGGCAUAUACUGUCAAGUUGCUUUUAUGCUUAUUUUUACUGUUUGUCAAGCAGCUUUGUAGAGUCUGUAUAUAUGAUAGAUAUCACAUAUCAAAAUGUUCAUCUUUAUAAGUAUAUGUAUCCUUAUACAAGGACCGUUAUGGGCUGUACAUUUGGAUAAGGCCAGACAGGCAGGUUUUAAAUGUCAGUGUUUAUUUAAACCAUAUAAAAAUCUUCCUCACCUACCAGAACUGCAUAUGGACGUAUGAUGUGUUUUAAACACUGAGUUGAUUAAUUUUGCAAUGUUGACAGAAAAAAAUGUGAAUUAAUUAUUAUGCAUUGUUUAUAUGCAUUAUGCAUUGCAUAAUAUAACCAAUAUGCAAAAACUAUUCAGAUGUAACCAGGUUAGGGAGAAAAUUCACAUUAGUACUAGUUAUGUUAAGACUCAUGGAUCCAUACAUCAUCUUUUGUCUUCAAUAGACACUUCACACAUAAUACUUUGGGCCAUAUGCAAUCCUCAAAACACAGGCUGCCGAGCAGUUUCACAAUCUGGGUUGGCUGGUAAUUCUAUCAUUUGUUUUUUACCUUCUACUCUAAGAGCAGCAUAAGUUGUUCUCUCAACUCCCGGCCAUGGGUGGCUGUGGCUUUAGCAGCAUUCAAACUCCUAUAAGUAGGGUACUGUUGUGCCACUCAUGAGCUCCUAGCAAAUUGUCUCUUUCCAUAGACUAAGUUCUCUAUUACCGACUGCUCACAAAUUAAAGAACCCUCCUCCCUCACUCCAAAUUCCCAUUAACCAUCGAAGUAAGUUGUUGGACUUGUAGAAUCCAUGCCAAUAGCUUGGGAAUUAUUAAUAGUAAUUGAAAGUACUUUUGGAUUAAGAUCUGGGAAGGUCAAAAGCAUAUGAAUAGUUGGUGUGAUAAGUAUAGAGCAUAUAGUUAGUGAACCCCUGUGCCCUGCUCCUUGGGGCAUUGUUAUCCAGACAAAGUACUUAUGAUAGAAAUUAUUUUAAUUUCCUUGUUACUAAUUUUUAGUCAGCUUUACCUUUAAGGGGACAAGUGAACCCAAACAAUUUGAACAAAGCUACUCCCUUCCUAAGCAGCUAUUCAUUUACAUUUUAGAUUACAUUCACCAUGAACCUUCAUAUACAGAUAAACGGUUAUUCUAAACCUGUAUAUAAUAAAUCUGGCCAGUCGUUUGUGAACAUGUCCUAAGUAUUGAGUUUGGGUGUUUUAUCCACACACAUUGCUUACAGGUGUUUAAAAAGUCUAACAUGACUGCUACAAUGCAAAAAGCAUGGUCCUUAAACCUUUUUACUGUUUAAUGUAGUAUUCUCCUCCUUCAGAAUGCAGUGUUUGUACUAUAAUGUGAUGAGGAUUCUUUUUUAUAAGAAUGAUAAGUGUGGUUAGAAGAAGACUGGUGCCAUGCUAAGUGCAGUUAACCCAAUGGUUAUUGGUAUAAAAUAAAGGGUGUGUAUGCAUAAGAAUGAUGCUGAGUAAAUUUUGCAUAAUUAUAAAGGUAAUUUAUGCAUAUUUUUGGGACAACAGCAAUUACUGUCAACUGGAAACAAAAAAAUGAAAAUGAUUCUAUUAAUUUGUAUGUGUUUAUUCUGUUUAGAAUGCGUUUCUAAUAAAAUUACGGAGCACA